AUGAAGAUGUGCCGCGGAUUGAUCGAUUGGUUGCUCUUGCUAGCGGCGUUCGGCAUCACGGUCCAAGGACAGCUGAAAAGUCCACGGAUAACCGAGCACCCGUCCGACAUAAUAGUCGCGAAAAAUGAGCCGGUGACGUUGAACUGCAAGGCGGAGGGUAAGCCCGAACCGGUGAUAGAGUGGUACAAGGACGGUGAGCUCGUGCAGACGUCGCCGGGGGACGCCAAGUCGCAUCGGGUCCUGCUGCCUACGGGAUCCCUCUUCUUUCUGCGGGUGAUGCACGGCAAGAAGGAGCAGGAUGGCGGUGUAUAUUGGUGCGUCGCGCGGAAUAAGGCUGGAUCCGUCCCGAGCAGGAACGCCACUCUCACAGUCGCAGUGCUGCGGGAUGAGUUUCGCGCGGAGCCGCAGAACACGAGGGUCGCCGCCGGGGAGACGGCUUUGCUGGAGUGCGGACCGCCUCGCGGCCAUCCGGAGCCGACCCUCCAUUGGAAGAGGAACGGUCACAUAAUAGACCUGGAAGCGACAAAACGGAUAACCCUCGUGGACGGGGGCAACCUAAUGAUAUCCGACGUGAGGCCGGCCGACCAGGGCAAGUACCAGUGCAUCGCCGAAAACAUGGUCGGCACCAAGGAGUCCGCGAUAGCGACCCUCACGGUUCACGUGAAGCCGUUCUUCCUGGCCAUGCCGUCGAAUCAGACGAUCCUCACGGAUCAGACGGCGGAAUUCGCCUGCAGGGUGGGCGGCGACCCGGAGCCGGAGAUCCUGUGGCGCCGUAGCGACGGCAAGAUGCCGAUAGGCCGGGCGCACAUUCUGAACGACAAAAGUUUACACAUCGAGCGGGUGAACCCCCAGGACCAGGGGACGUACAUCUGCGACGCGGAGAACAGCGUCGGGGCGAUAUCAGCGAGCGCCACUCUUACCGUGCACUCGAGGCCGGUGUUCACCAACUUCCCCAAGGACGAGACGGUAAACGCCGGCGCCGACGUCACCUUCUCGUGCGCGGCGCGCGGCGCCCCGAAGCCGUCGAUAUUUUGGACCCGAGAGGGCUCGCAGGAGCUAAUGUUCCCCGGUCACACGUAUCAGACCCACUACAACGUCACGGAAGACGGAAGUCUGAGUAUCAAGGGCGCCGUCAGGAAGGACGAGGGCCACUACGUGUGCAGCGCCAUUAGUCAGGCCGGCGCCAGCACCGCGACCGUAUUUCUUCAGGUGACGUCCAUCGAGGAGACUCCGCCGCCCAUAAUCGAGCUGGGCCCGGCAAACCAGACCUUGCCGCUGAAGAGUGUCGCCUCGUUGCCGUGCCGCGCGGUCGGUACGCCCACGCCGCGGGUUCAGUGGCACAAGGAGGGCGUGCUCGUGCAAUCGGGCGGCCGCAUCACGAUGGCCAUCAACGGCACGCUGUUCAUCGACGACCUGCACGCCGCCGAUUCCGGCCUGUACACCUGCAUCGCCUCGUCGGAGUCCGGCAACACCUCCUGGUCGGCGUACCUGACCGUCAGCAGCACCGGCGCCAGCUUCCAUCGGACGCCGGACGUGUCGGCGCUGCCGCAGAACCCGAGCAAGCCGCGGAUAGUGAACGCCACCAGCAACUCGGUCACUCUAACGUGGAGCCCGGGCCACGAGGGCCAGAGCAAGAUCAUCGGCUACAACAUCGAGUACUACAGCAGCAACUUGAACACCGGCUGGGUGGUGGCGGCCACGGGUGUUCUCGACGACAUCUACACGGUGACAGAUUUAAGGCCGGAGACCAAUUACGUUUUCCUAGUACGAGCGGAAAAUAGCCAGGGGCUUUCGUUGCCCGGACCACUGUCGGACCUCGUGCAAACUACUAACGUAAAUCAGCAUACGGUACCGCAAGUGGAACUGACUCGCGCCAGGGAUCGGCUGAACAGCGAGAUUUUACAUCUCAAAGAGGUGCAACCGUUGACCAGCACCAGCGUGAAGAUCAUGUGGGACAUUCUUGGCGCGGCAGAUUUAGUGGAGGGUCUUUACAUACGGUAUCGCGAGGAUUCUGAGAAACCAGAAUAUCAAAUGGUUACGGUGCUUAACGCCGGCGCUACCAGUUACGUGCUGACCAAUCUGAAAAAGUACACGCGCUACGAAUUCUUUCUGGUACCCUUCUACAAGACAAUCGAGGGUCGACCGAGCAACGUGAAGCUGGUCACCACACUGGAGGAUGUACCCUCGGGUGCUCCCGAGAACGUUCACGUAGGAAUGAUAAAUAUGACCUCGGCGUUUGUUCGGUGGUCACCGCCACCGAAGAACACUCAGAAUGGCCAAUUGAUCGGUUACAAGAUUCAGAUCAAGAGCAACAGCAGCAACAAGAUCCUGGGUCAGAUGUCUCUGAACGCAUCCACCACGUCGGUGAUCAUUAACAGUUUAACCACUGGCGGUUUAUACACGGCUCGCGUCGCUGGUCAAACCCGCGUCGGACUAGGCCCCUUUUCCAACCCGACUCUGUUGAAUAUGGAUCCGGGACAACUGACGCAAUUACCGCCGCGUACCGAUCCCAGCCACGGAGGUGCAUCCGUCGUCAGAGAGACGUGGUUCCUCGUAUUGAUAAUAACGAUGAUAUUCACCGUUAUCGCCGCGUUGCUAGCCGCCCUGUAUGUGAGACGCAGGCAAGCGAUGAGCAAGCAACUGGGUCACUUAAAUGUACCCGUGGGUACCGCGAACGAUAUCUGCCAAUUGAAUAAGGACACGCUCUGGUUGGAACGAGGCUGGCGGCCGACAAAUACCCUUCAGGCCGCCAACGAUAAGGACUGUGAGACCAAGUUACUCAACAAUCAGCACAUGCUGGCAGCCGGCAUAAUGGGCAUGGCCGGUUCGGAAUACGCUGAAGUUAAUCUGACGACGUUUUACAACACACGCAAACAGAUGCAGGCGCCGCCGCCGGAGCCAUAUGCGACGACGACUCUAUGCGUGGGCAGUCGUAACUCAGACUCGAUCGAGACCAGCUGCCAGAAGUCAAGCUCCAGCGACUCGUGUCUGAAACCGGAUUACUCGAGCCUGGACUCAAAUCAGGAGCCCAACAAGUCUACGGUGUCGCCAAGCAGCGACAACAUGAGCGGCGGCGACGCCGCCUACGCGGACGAGAAUCUGGAUGUACAAAGGAGACAGUACAGAAUAGCAGGCGAGGCGCCGCAAACCGGUAUGCCGAUGCCUAACUGGUGCGACAUGUUACCGCCGCCGCCUGAGCAUCCACCCCCUCUUGGCACAUCCAUUGCCACCGGGCGGAUACAUCAGCAGCAACAGCAUCAGUUGCAACAUCCGCACCAACAGCAACAACAGCAGCAAGUGCCGUUCAGUCCACAUCUCAGCAAGAGAAGUGUACAGAACGAUCUGGAUCAUUGCAGCAGCUCAGGUGCCGGCUCGUGCAAUCCGCAGAGUCCGCCCACUCCGCCCAUCAGAGUAACCAAUAGCUUCAGCUCGUCACCGACACCCUGGAGCGGCGGCGGACAAAGUCAACACUCGGAGCAUGGCAUACUCCAGGUGCCUGGUAACCUUCAGGUUCCGCAGGGCAGGUACACAACGCUGCCGCCGCAAACAAAUCCUCCACCGUUGCCCUCGUUCCCGCAGGGUUUUAAUCAUUAUGAUUACAAGAACCAGGAAAACGAGUACGAGAGCGGCUCCGUCAUUUACGGCCAUCAUCAGAACGGUCUCGUAGAUGAUUAUGGCGUACGCGCUGAUCCCGCAUUCGCCCGUUCCAACAAUCAGCAAUCACAUCUGACACCGUCCGCUGUGAACGAGGAGUUGUAUCGGCACAGAGACGAUAUAUUCCAUAAUGACAAUCUCUAUCAACCCGAGAAUGACGAGUGGGACAGGAAAUCGUGUGACUCCAACACGCACUCAGAUGCGUGCUGCUCGUGCUCGGAAUCGAGCUGCCUCUACGCCGACACCGUACAGUACAACACGCCGCAAUACGGUACCGCGUGCGGUCACAGUAGCAGCAGGACAGGUUCUCGAAGCAGGAGUAACAGGAGUCCACGAAGAAGAAACAGGACCUCCUCGCCCACGUAUAGUAGCGACAGCAAUUACUCCUGCAUUCCACAGAGGCAGUGCGGGAACACGAAUUCGCAGGAGAGACUGAGGCAUAAUCGUAGUAAAGACAAAUUGCCUAGCUUUUCAAGGACGGGUAACUACAGCCAACACAAUUCUUCGGCCUCUAAUACGAUGAGUAGUACGGGCAGUCAACGAUACAAUAAGUUAAAUAGUAUCUUUGCAAGCGGCAAUAACGCUCCGACGGAGUCGAGUCGACUGGGUGACCAUCGUGAGAGUUAAAUACUGCCUGGACAUAGUAAAUACAGGACGUGCCUGAAACAAACGGCCUUCGAUCACAACGAACGAUCACUACAAUCUCGACUACGGGAGGCCGUUGCGUCGUUGUUUCGCAAUCAGCGAACGCUCAUCAAGUACAGUUCGAUUGAGCGCGCCGUGUAUAUAAUAAAAAACACGCCGUAGCGUCUCUUUCGCAGGGUUGCUAUAUUUCUAUAUAUACUUGGUGCGAGACGCUACCGCGUCUCAUGAUUAAUGGAUUGCACGUUGGAAGGGUACAUCGAUUUGAUUUGUUGAUUAUACACAGGCUUAUUAAGAGAGUGAGCUCGGCGGUAACGAGACAGUGAAUCUCGUACUAUUCUUUUUUACGUACCACGUUACGUAAUAUCGGGAAGGUUAACAGGUUUCGCGAGGUAAUGAGUAUUUCAUGACUGACAAUGACGUGACGUUUACGUUUAGCUAAUUACGAGGCGGUAGCUUAAGCUCGUAGAGUGUUCCUAUGUGUUCGUAUGAAGCGCAAUAACGGUCUUCUAUCGCGAUAAGAGCAUAAUUUUGACACUCGAGACAAAUCACUGAGAAUCCCUCUGUGAUCGACACUCGCGCCGCUUCAACGCUACGCCGAUAGACCCCAUUAUGUACACGCGAUAUAGUCGAUUGUUUUGUACUUUGUACUCGGAUAAGGGCUUUCAAAAAGGAUAACAUCGCGAGAAAACAGGCGACGCGUAGUAUUAUCUUUCUUUGGACACUCUGCCAAAUAGACUGAUUAACGUAUCAUCGAGUUUUGCUUAUAUUUUCUUUGUUCUUCACUUUAUAUUACAGUGAAAGAUAGAGGCAUCUCCAAAUCUUCAACUUUCAAGAGCUAUUAAGGGAAAGAAAAAAGAGGAAGGAAAAACUUUUAUACAAUUGCUGUCGCGAUGUGUUUCUCAACUAAACAUUUACCGCCUGAGCGGUCACGCCAGUUUAAUAUUACAGUUGAACGUCUCUUGAACUUUGUUGUACUCUCAACUGCCAUACAUACUGCCAUCCCGCUGACGUACUGUUAGUUUGAUUAAGUUGUAUCCUAAAUGGUGACUUGAAAAGUCACACAUUUUUAGCUCGCGAGUGUCAGCGAGCUACAAAAGUUCUCGCGCGGCCGCUCCGGGAUGAAUGUCCACGCGUAUAAAUGUCCCAUGCGAUGUGUCACGUUUUUUUGACGUGACAAUAGCACAAACAGAGAGGAGAAUAUAUGAUAUAACGGGUUGAUCCGCCUGAGCGCGAAAUAAGAAUUUGGGUCAUAUAGAAAUGCGUACAAAUCAAGCAGGCACAGUCAACUGUUUAUUAAUUGACAAAUUUUACGCACGAGAAAUUUGACAGCUCAAAGUGUAAUAAUUUAGUUUAUCUCCAUUAAAAAUAAAAGCAACAGAAUACAUAACUGAAUUCUUUGUAGUUAUAUGAAGAUUCUUCUUUUAAAAACAAUUUUUUUAUGACGAGCAGCUAAAUGUUCAGUUGAAAUUAUUGUGGACAAUUGUGCUCUAAGAAACUCGAAUACUAUAGCAAUAAUAUGAGUAUACGUGUAUAGAUCGUAUCGAGACGAAUUUGUUUACGAGAAUAAAAUUUCAAGAUUUUAAGACUAAUUUAGUAUAGGAUAGUUCCGUGAUCUUUUCAAGUGUCAAAGUAAUUUCAUUCCGAAGUCAUUGCCCUGGAAACAAUCGAGCGAGCAAUCGCACACAAUCGUUUUACUGUGCUGAUAUUAAUUUAUCGAUCGAUCGCGUGUGCCUGCUUGUGUUGUACGUGGAAUAAUCCUUUCGCUACGGUUGUUUUUGUCGAACGGCUUCACUUCCCGCAUACGAAGCUAAUUGUUUUCGAUCGUGAAACCCAAAUGUAACAUAUUACGGAUAUACGGCUUGUAGGACGCAGCAAUUACUCAUAUUCACGUCUCCCGUGUUUGACGCUAAACGAGCUCGUUCGAUUUUGAGUUCACGAUAACAUCCCUCAUCUGUAUGUUAAACAGCUCGGGAUCAAACGCGAAAUGUGGGCGUUUUGGUGGAUACAAUCGUCCUUAAUGCGUACAAUUAGAGACGGUCGAUUACAAUCGUGUCUCUUAGCACACGGCGACAGCCUAGCACAUAGACAGGCGCAUAAUCGUCGUAGCGAAAGGAUUAACGUGUCGCGCCCGAUGAAACGAUUCGCGCUCGGCUUUACGAGCGGCCCCAACAAAGCGUGGCAUUUAUUUUCAACAGCCUGUACUAUACCCAGGCCACGACAAAUGGAGCAUAUUAUUUUGGAUAUAACGUUCCUAAAUCCUAAGGCAACCGAGGGCUAAUCUCCACGAAGAAGAGCCACGUAUAAUUCUUCCAAAACGAACGCACGUAGAUACGUUUUUAACGAAACAAAGUAACAAUAAUAAGAACGCGUAAUAUAUAUAUAAAAAUAUACAUAUUAUACAUAUAUUAUCAUAUCACGCAAACGGUCCCUGUAUAAAUUUGUACAAAGUUACUCUAACGAGAUUAGUCAUUAGUUAUUAAUUUAUACGCCGUAUCAAUUGAACUCGCAUCGCGUAAGCGACAGAUACGUAAAGUAUCUCAUGUAUUCUUUAAUGCACACGACCUGAUAUGUAAAAGUGAGAACGUGCACGUCAAAAAUGUGCGCUUCGAAGAUAUUGCCGACGACACUGCCAAUACAAAGUGCGUUUAUUCUCGAAUUUGUACCUGAUUCCAGUUUUAUCAGAUAUUUCCAUCUCAUCACCGCGACUUCUUUGUGAAACGAAUUACAACUGCGAAUCGUAAAUUGUUUUUAAAUUGCAUUAUUACAUAAAUAUUACUAUCAAAGAUAGUACGUAAUAACGCGAAAAGAAAAAAAGGAUUACAGAGAUAUAAAAUUUUUUGAAAUUGACGGCACCGGUAACAAUUUGUACGAAAAUUUAAAAAAUUCUUAUACUUGAAAAAAGACAACAUUUAAGUCUACGAAUUCGUUUUCCCCAUUUAUCUUCCGACUCUCUUUGCGAUGGGACUUUAGAUGGAAGACACAACGAACUACAUUUGCAUUCGUAACGACCGGCUUAUUGAAAGUGUCUUUUCCACGGCGGUCGAAGAAGAAUUGCAUCUGAUUAGAACCGUGAAAUUCUAUCGUCGUCUUCGUCUUUCUCUCCUUUGAAACGCACAUUUUUAAUAAGAAGGAGUACACGUCUACGCGACAUUUUAUGGACGGGGCUUCGCGUUUACGGAUGAUUCGGGCAACGUUUUUUAUACAAUUCUCAUAGACGGAUCUAAAGUAGAACUGAAACCUCCAUGCGGAAAUGUAUAUCGUAAUAUUUCAUAUUUAAAAAAUAUUGAAGAUUUUAUCUUUCAAAAAAUCUUAUAUUUAUAUCUUUACACAUAUAUAUCGAGAACGCAAUUCACAUAUACAUGUUGAAUGUAUUCUACAAACAGUCAAUAAUGUUUUUUCGCUCCAAGUUAGAUUUUUUGGCUCAUUUAGGUAUCCAUUGUUUUAAUUAUAAUUUGUACAUAUAUUUAAUUAAUUUUUUGUUCUUAAAGCACAUAAAAAUCGAUAAAUACUUUGAAUCUCAAUCGAAAAAGUUUGUAUUAUUGUUCGUGCAUUAAGAAAAUUUCAGAACGCUUGUCUCGCUAAAAAUGCCAGAAGAAUUAUUAACCAAUCAAAGUCAUAUUUUCUACGAUUCAUAAAAAAUGUGUGUAUUUAUCCAUUAACAUAAAAUUAUAGAUUAUUCUUUCCUAUGUGCCAAUUAAUAUUGGAGUAAGUAUUGAGCAUUAUUGAUCGCUUUUGUAUUCCACAUUUACACGGUGACUUUUUUUAUAACUUAAAUAUAAAUAAUUACUUGAAUAACAAAGAUAAACAAAAUUGCAAAUUCGGCAAAGAAUAUCUAAAUCCGUCAAUGCUUGCGCAGACGAUUGUGUGAUGCUGGUUCGAGAGAAACGCUGUUUAAACUUCCAUUUGAUCUGUAAUACGCGAAGCUCCUUCAGUGUAUAUACACAAUCGAGACAUUUUGUACGCAUUUUUAAAGGGUUUCUCGUUGAGACACGGGUUUCUUUCAACCGCGAUAAGCGCACUACGCGGAGGCGAAGUACUUCUGCGGCCCGUGACGAUGACCCCUUUUCCUUUCCUCCCCGACGCCGUCGCGGGAAACGUGGGGGCGUGGCUUUCCUUUGUACAUGCGGGUACGCGACUUACUUAUUAAUUCUGACUUUCGAUUAAGUGACAAAUAAACAGAUUACUGUUAAUUUUAAUGGUGCGUUUAAUGCGCGUGCGAAACUCGAGCGUACGAUUUAUUCAAUGGCGCGUGGUGAGUCGCUCAAAUUUGUUAUACAUACACAAUACAAUUAGCUCCGCUCAGUUCCGUGUCCGCUUGAAUAGAGGAAGUUAUCCCACGCGACAGGUACUAUCCAUUCAGAUGCUCGACGCAACAAACUACCACUGCUGUGUAUGUAAAUUUCGUAAGAAGAAAGGAAAUAGGUCACAGGAAUUGCGAUUUCGAUGGAAAAGAAGGGAGGAAAGCGAAAAGAAGCAAUUAAUUAGCAGAGGUAAUUAAAUUUGUUAACUCAGAGAGUUGAACUUAAGGUCUACCUUAGUGAUACAUGACUAUAUAUAUAUAUAUAUAUAUAUAUAUAUAUAGUUUCGUAAGAGUCUCAGCGUAUAAAUUUAUUCACGCGUUAACGCGCAGUUGCGCGCGAAUAAAUUCAUAUCCAGUAAGUAAAAAAAGUCCAUCCAAGCAAGCGAAGGAAUAAGUAAGAUAUCAUGCAGGGAGAAGAUAUCACAUCUCGAUAUACUUUUAGGCUUAGAAGAAGAGAAAGGGAGCGGGAAAAAAAAUAAGAGCGAGCGUGUCGUCAAGGGGAGUAGACGCGAGACUAGAAGGAAGCAUCUCAUUACACGUAAUUAGGUAGGAUGCGUAUUUUAAGUAUCUCCGUUGUCACGUACGAGUGUGUGCGUCCGAUGCGAGUCCGCGCGAAUGCCGAGGUAGGGAAGACGGACGAGGGCAGACGUUGUUCAAAGGCCUACUACUACUACUACUCUCUCUCUCUCUCUCUCUGCCUUUUUCUUCACCUUCGUUUAUCUAAUGCCUUGUCGGAGGAACAACGGAAGUUACCUUCAGCAUUCUAAUGAUGUUGAUUGCCAAUAUCAUCAUAUCGUUGUGAUGCCGUGCCAACUUGCAGAGUUGGCUACGGCUAAUAAACACGGUAACUCCCUUCCUGAUUCGUCAUCGUUAGAACCCUGAGGGUGUCUGUUCGUGUUCCGUUAGACGAACGAAGGUGCAUCUUCCUCGGGAGAUAAUGGUGUACAUUAAGGUGUGAAUCCACUGCGAAUGCUGCUCCGCAUAGAGACCGAGAAAUACGAAGGUGUUUAAAUCGACGUUGAUCGGUUUUAUCUAUACCUGCGAUGCGAUGAUUCGGUGGAUCCGCAGCUUCCAGAUUAUGCGCGCGGGCUCGGAUCGGCGGGAUGCAGCCGCGUAUUAUGUCGAUGGAAAGGGUUAUUACAUGCACAUACGAUAUAUGUAUACAUACAUCUCGUUGAAGGCUACAGAAUCGUGACCCUUUCGGAAAGCGCCGUAUCUCCAUUCCUAAAUGAUCGUGAUUCAGCCAACGGAUAUGCUGCCAAACCAUCGUAUCAAUGCGCGAAGGAACGAAAAAAAAAAAGAUAACGUAUUAUUUUUAUAAUUUGUCAUCUUUGUAUUAUUGUUACGAUGGUUGAGAGAAUUUGUAUAAAACACAUUAGCGUUUAACUUACAAAACUGCGCGGAUUGCGUAAAUGACAUUUAACACGAUUAACACGCUACACACACGAAUACAUUAUACACCCCCGAAAUAAGUGCGUCGAAAAAAAAUCAGACGAAUUUGUUGAAGGCGCGUAAUACCUAAAUGUUUUUCGAUCGACCCAGUAAGUAUAAAAUCAUUACUGCCAUGUCAUUACGGCGAUUCAAUAACAUGUAAGUUUUUUUAAAUCUUGUGUUUAAUCUUUUUAUACACAUCAGUAUAAACGAAAUGGUCACGACUUGGACAUAAUGUUUUUAAAAAACAAUGUUUCGCAAUCGUUUUCAAAACAAUUUUAACAAUAUUUCGAACAAAAAAUCACGUAUCAAAUAUUUUUUUAAUGUUUACACAAUAUUUUAAAAAUACACAAAUUUGAAAACCAAUAUUUCCUAAAUAUUUUUUUGUGCUUGCUGGGAAUCGAUUAACCGUCGAGCAUUUAAAAAAAAAACUACGACCGUCAAUGCAGCACAAUGGGGUGACGAUCGCAUAAAUGUUAAGACGCAAAAUUUUCGAUUUGUAAACUCAUAUCUGAUGGUAACGUCAAGACAGAGUCGCUUUUGUGAGAGACGUUCCCCGGAUUUCUAAACUUGGUGCUGCCAAGACCACCAGAUGCAACGAUAAAGGCCAAUCUGAUUUAAGGCACUAAUUUUAACUAAUCAACGCAUUUUUUGGAGUUUAUUUUACAGGAUGUCUAAAAAAAAUCUGAGAAAUAUUUCGACGUUAUAUCGACGAAUUUGGGAUCAACUUUUUCUAAUGAAUAUUUCUAAAUCCUGAUUAUAUUGGGAAUCAAGUAUGAAUAAUGGAAUCUUUCGGCGAGACUUACUCAAGAAAUUCAAUUUUGAGAACAAAUAAUAGUUUCGCUCCGAUAUUCCUUUCGAGGGGAAAGUCAAUUCCGCGUUCGUCGAACUAUUCUUAACAUAAUUUUCGGGUCUGGGAUCUGUGUGUCUAAAAUAAAACGCAGAGUAGAAAAAUUAAAUGUCAGAAUAGCACCGAUCGCGAUUGACGUUGAUGCAAGCAACUGGUCCUGGAUCGCGCUUCAAGGAUUAAGUAGACCGUUAGAGGGCUAGAGCUACGUAAAAAUAAUUCAUAUCAUUAAGACACGAAAUAGUGAUUUCGAAUUGGAGAGGCAAUAUGGGA